AUGGUUUCUUCGGCGCCGCUGACGGCCUCGAAGAGCCAAAACACACUGUCGUACGCGGAGCGGGCCAAGAAGGGCCACAGCGCAAAGUUGCCAAAAGCUGCGAGCUCGCAGCAGCAUCCCACCGCAUCGCAAAAUCAUUCCAUCUCAUCGACCGCCACUGCACCUUCGGUUGUGGCCAGCACUUCCAGCACAGACAUGACCGGAUCGAGCGGGUCGAAGGCUUCGUCACCGCUGUCGAGUGUGGAUAUGACGCCUGGGAGUCAGCAGGCGAAGGGGUCGGCGGAACCGUCGGCGGGAGUGCUUGAGGCCGGUGAGUCGUCUUCGUCGGCGCAGUCGCAGUCGUCACCCGUCAAGUCGCCGCCGGUCAACGUCUGGAACGUUCGCAAGGAGCAAAUGGCUCAGGCUUUCGCCCAGUCUCGUUCGCCUCAGAAACCGGCUGCUGCUUCUUCACCUGUACAUAUCAACGGAACUGGUCCUUCCUAUCCACCCUUAUCGCACUCGUCUGGGCAAAUACAAGCGUCCAUGUCUACCUCUCGACCACCUGCUUUGAAUGGUACCUCUGUGAACGUAAAGGAUGCCGUGGAAGACGACCCUUUCGUCGUCAAGCCUCGCACUCGUCUACCACCCACCCCUCCCGCAAGUCUACCACCGUCUGUGGAAGAUGUCGAGAGCUGGCCGGAAGUUGGUAAAUCCAUCCAGCCUAGUCCACCAGGAGAAGUUGAAAAGACAGAGGAGAAGCGACCAGGGGAGACUUCGCAGCCGGCUACUCCGCGGAAAGGCGAGAAAACGAAGUGGGUACCCAUCCCUGCAGAAGAAUUGCAGGCCGCAGCAGAUGCUGUGCGGCCACGAAAUCGGUAUGGGUCGUCUCGCAACCAGGCUCCUUAUCACAACAGGCAGGGAUCUGCUCGCAAUAGCUUGCAAGCAUCUACUUCCACCUCCGCGUCAGGAUCCGUCCCGGCUUCUCAAGGACACAGUCGAGCACACUCCACCCGUGGCUCUGCGUCGCAGUCGCAAGUCCAAAGCGUCGCCAGCAGCGUCCAGUCCAGCCCUCGGCAGAGCGUUCGCGGCAAGCGCCUUCCCGAGGAGCCGACUGGCACUAGCGGCUAUGGUCGUCCGCUCAAUGUAGAAAGCUCUCUUCCCGGCGGGGCGCCGCCUCAUACGGAAAUGCCCAUGCCUUACCCUCCGCCACAAAUUGCCCCAUACGCCUCUUCGCAAGGAUCCGGCACGAACAGUCCCGGAUACUUCCCGCAUUUAUCUUUGCCGGUCCAGCCAGGCCAUAGUCCUCAUACCCACGCCUACCCCAUGGCGACCUCUCCAGCCCAUAAUCCGUACGCUAUGCCUGCUUCGAACGGUUACCCCUCUCAACCUGGCGUUGUCUCCCCUAUGUAUCCCGGCUCCCCGCCUUACCCCAUGUACCAACCAUAUAUGUAUCCAUAUGGCCAGCCAUAUCCUUACUGGAACGGCAACGCGCCAGGGCAGGAACAGUUGCAGCCGAUGUACCCGACGAGCUCCCAGGUGUCUCCGAUACCUCCUCCUGUACAGGACCCAGUGCAAAUACAGGCCGGCGCCGAACCGAGCGCUCCGCCGCCUACUUCGAUGGUCAGACCGCCACCGCCCGGUGAGUCGGAAGCCGUAGCUGGCUACCGGGAGGUCGGACCUGUCGAGACGGCGACAUCGAGUGCCCAAGAAGCGAGUCAGCGGGGACGUCCGCAGAGGCCAGUUGUAUUUGGCAGUAUCACUAGUAAAAGCCCAAGUCCUGCUCCGGUAGAGUCGACAUUCAAGAAAGACGUGAAGAAUACGGCCAGUGCGAUGCCUGAAGAGACCGCAACUGGAGACCAGGCUACUGAGAAAGAAGAAGGCAUCAAGACGUUCAAGACUAUUGCUAUAGGGGUAAGCCCAGGUGAGCCAGGCCCGUCGACUAGGUCAAGGACGCAAUCAAGCUCGAAAGGACGAAGACGAGUUGAGACGGCGCCGGGUCGGUUCAUGUCCGACGUGAUGAAUAACGGAGACCCCGUCAAGAACGGGGAAGGUCCGAAGGAGGAGAAUAAAGUCGAAUUCAAGGUCAUCGACCUGACGGAUCCUGAAACGAAGUGGGAGUUCGGGUCUACGAUGCGCAAUGAGCCGGAUGAGGCUUUGCUUGUGCCCCCGCAGCCUGGUCGUGGGCCUUCACCUCAUUUGUCCCAGCCUUCUCCCGUACGCGCUCCCGACGGCAUCUCCGCUGCUGCGUCGAUGUCGGCCUCGCUAUCUACAUCGUCAGCAUCGCCCGCCACGUCUGCUAGCGGACUCCCAUCGGGACCUGGGAUGCCUGUCCCUUAUCCUUUCCCGGCCGAUCAGUCUCUCCAGCCUGAAUAUAAUGCGGAGUCUGAUGAGUGGGAGGUGAAGGACUAUGGCUACGGUUUCGGGCCGAUGAGUGGGACGGGCAUUGCCCCCGUUAUUACAAAGGAGGAGCGUAUUGCAAGGGAACGCGAGCGGGAGCGGGCGAGAAACAGUGGUCGUGAGUUUGGUAUGCGCGCUCGCGGGUACUCUCAUUCGUUCGAAUCCGGGUACGGCUAUGAGCGCGGACGGAGGGGGAGAGGACGGGGUGGCCCGAGGGGGUACGGGAGGGGAGGCUACGACUCCCGAAAUUUCUCUAGAGGAGGCGGUUUCCAGCAGUCGCGCCAGUCGGGGUAUAACCCUAACGUGACACCGCCGUCGCACUUCCAGCAACUACCGCCUCAGGCCGACUACGGGACACAAUAUUACGUGCCUCCUAUUGGCCCCUAUGGCCCGGUCCCCGGUUAUGAAGGCUACCAUCCAGCUGCAUACGUUCCGCCGAUACAUAUUCCUCAAACUGUACCACCCGCGCCGGCUCCCAUUUCUGCUGUGUCCUUCCCUCUGGAUCCUUUUAGGCAGUCUCUUCUAGGGCAGUUGGAAUAUUAUCUCAGCCCGCAGAACAUGGCCCAAGAUUUCUUCCUCAGGCAAAGGAUGGACUCGCUAGGUUGGGUAUCAGUCCACCUUCUGGCGUCCUUCAACCGAGUUCGUCACUUGACGGUCGACAUCGACUUGGUCAAGGACGUUCUCUCUCUGUCCUCAGCUGUUGAACUGCGCGAUGACUGGGUUCGGAUGGGAGGAGAUCAGUGGAAGCAGUUCGUCCUGCCAGGUGCAGCCAAGAGUCAUUUCGAGAGCGACGCUGCUCCCGGACAAGCAGAGGCUCCGUCUCAUUCUUCGGCGGAACAUAACCCCUCUUCGAGUACGAGUUCUCCUGAAGACAUGAAGUCCGCUGACAUCGAGGCCGAGGAAGAGGAGGAGGAAGACGUCGUGUUCGUGAUGGGUCAACACACGGAUGGGCCCUGGAAGCCCCAACAACAGCCCGCUUCAUAA